GCCGAUCCAUUCAUUGACCACAGUGUGUGGACACAAGGGUAGAUGCUGCAAAUGAGAUAACAUUAAACAUUGGAUAUUUGGCCUGGUGGUGUCAGUUAGCAUGCAGUCACCCAUUAGCUUCGGUCAGCAGCUCACUGGGUUCAUCGGCGGCGACACUCUGAUGCCACUGGCUGAACACGUCGCACUCCUGUAAGGUAGUUGAAAGAAAGAGUAACCUCUUCUGACAACUUUUUGGACACCAUGGCCCCACACCCGGUGGUCCAGGCCAUCAUUGACCUCUCUGCAGGAGCCAUAGGGGGAGCUGCAUGUGUCUUCAGUGGGCAGCCUCUGGACACAGCAAAGGUCAAGAUGCAGACUUUCCCUAUGCUGUACCGUGGUUUCAUCCACUGCAUUGUGUCCACCUACAAACAAGUGGGUCUUCGUGGUCUCUACCAGGGCACCACGCCGGCGCUGAUGGCCAACAUCGCAGAGAACUCUGUGCUCUUCAUGAGCUACGGCUUCUGCCAGCAGGUCAUCCGCUUCACAGCUGGGCUGCACAACGAAGCUGUGCUGAGUGACAUGCAGAAAGCCUGUGCUGGCUCAGUAGCAUCCAUCUUCUCCUCGCUAGUACUCUGCCCCACCGAGCUUGUCAAGUGUCGGCUGCAAGCCAUGUAUGAAAUGGAGGCAUCAGGCAAGAUCGCUAAGAGCCAGAACACAGUGUGGUCUGUGGUGAAAUCCAUCAUGAGGAACGAGGGACCAGUGGGGUUUUUCCAGGGCCUGACCACCACCAUAGCCAGAGAGGUUCCUGGGUACUUCUGCUUCUUCGGUGCCUAUGAGCUCUGCCGCACCACCUUUGCAGACUACAUGAAAUGUGACAAGGAUGACAUAGGUGUGGCUCCGAUUGUGUUCAGCGGUGGUUUCGGAGGGGCGUGUCUGUGGCUGGUGGUGUAUCCUAUGGACUGUGUCAAGUCUCGGAUCCAGGUCAUGUCAAUGAUGGGCAAACAGGCAGGAUUUUUCAAAACCUUCAUGACCAUUGCUCGUAGUGAAGGCGUGAGGGCACUCUACUCUGGUCUUACCCCCACCAUGGUCCGUACCUUCCCUGCUAACGGCGCACUGUUUCUGGGUUAUGAGGCCAGCCGGAAGCUUAUGAUGAAGCAGUUUGACAACUGAAAGGAACCAUAUGCACAAAAACAAAUGAAGGAGCGGUGAAGUAUUAUUAUAGCCAUAUAACCUCAUCAGAACUCCAGUUGAAGCUUUGAAGCUUAUGUGUAGGAUCUGGUUUUUGCCAUUUCCUGCUUUUGUUAAACUUUGUUAAACUGACACACUCCAUCUCUUUUUAACAUAAAAAAAAAAAAAGUUCGACAUAGUGUUUACAUCUUUUAACACCUAACAUAAAUGUAUUUUUAGAUCUGAGUAUUGUUUGUUUUUAACACUCUAAAAAUGCUGUCGCCAUCAUUCAGUAUAUGAGAAAAACAUUUGUAGUACAGUACUGAGCAACCAGCCUCUUUAUGAGGGAAUGUCAACACUCCAGUUUAUUAUUUUAUGUCUACCUCAACAAGGUCGUAUCCGAACAGAAACGUUUGUCUGACAGUCAUUUCAAAUCAUUCUUUACUUGCUCUGUACGCAGAUACAUGAAAAAUAGAAGUUCUCUAUUAGGCUGUGAGUUAAUUAUCUUAAUGCACAAAAUCUUAAAACCUUACUUAAUCUCACUACAUGAAGAGUUUAUGUGAAAAUGUGAAGUGACAUAUACAAAUUAAUUUCAACUUUCCUAAAAUAUGUUGUGAAUUAUUUUCAGAGCAAGUUUCAGAGCAAAGUAUGCACCUCAGUUUUGGAUCACAUGCUGCUUUGUUUAGGAAUGGUCACAAUAAAAUCCAAAUCUGCUCAUGAAUAUCCUAAAAUAUUUGCUUACUUUUCACAUUGAGUGGCUUUAUUUUUUAAAAAGCAUUGAGCAAAGUGUCAGGUUUGAUCUGCCUUGAAAGGCAAGUGUUUUAAAGUUGACCCUGAAAAUGUUUAUGUCAUUGUCCCAAUGAUGAGCAGUAGCUUAUGAGAAGUCACCCUGGACUUGUGUACAUCUUAAACUGAGGGUGUCAUACUGACUCUUUUUGUUUCACCAUGUUUUAUUCCUCUCCUCUUGCAGUUAUUAUAAUGAAGUCUACACUGUUUUGGGACCCAUUGUUUGCCUUUUUAAAUCACUACAUUUUGCCUUUUUUGUUGUAUAACCUUUAUUGUCAUGUACAAUUCAGUCAGAAAAUAUCAGCUGCCUCGUCUUAUGUGCCAUUUUCACUCUGCGUUCCAUGGGCAGGAUUUUUUUUCUUAGUAGUUCAUAAUUCAGAAUUCUCAGUCAUAUUCCUGUAAUUCCUGUAAUU